AUGGAGAAAAAUGGAAGUGGAGACGCUGAGAUAGAUACUGAAGAUUGGCAGUUGAUAGAGAUGAAGCUUCAUGAUAUUGAAGCUCGUAGACAAUUUUCAAAGCUUUCAUUCCCGAACGGGAAAAAUGAUGAGACAAGGAUCGCUUGCGACGUGAAGUCAAGGAUUGUCCUCUCCAAAAUGUGGAAAGGAACCCGAGACCUUUUCAGAGCGAUAUUGGAACAUAAUGGGGUUGAUAACAAAGAUAUUGAGGAGGAGAUAAAUGCUUUCUUUCUAGAUAUUGAUACAUACCUUAUAGAAAAUAUCAAGCUAACGCAUAACAGUAUUAGAGUUAGAAUCGAGUCAGAUCUGCAAGCGAAGAAUAAAAAGGUAAAUAAGACUACCGCGGAGGUUCAAACGAUUUGGGCGUUGAAGAUUCAAAUACGUUUCAAGCCCCGCACAAUAAAGAGAAGAGCAAAAACACAAACGGUAGCUCCAACGCAAGCGGGCAAUACGGUACGAGCAGUACCAGUUGUCUCAGCGGUCGAAAAAGUCGACGCAACGACCCAGCUGCAAAUAAAAGUCGAUAUAAAGACACUGGGUAUUCUCACCUCCAUGUACUCUAAUCCAGAUGGUGACCAAGAUACCGGCCACUGUCAGCUGGAAGGAUUUCAGACGCGCGACGCGUAA